CAAGCUUUUGUGGUCAGUCAGUGUAAGUGCAACCGCGAGGCCACCGGUCACCCUUACGCCAUGGGCGGCAUGGUCUUGAAGUCCCUCCUCCUCGCGCUCGUCGCCCUUGCCAUCCAUCACGCUGCAGCCCCAGCGCUCGCGCAGACGGUGCAGGUGUGGUCGUCAUGUUCGCCGGCCAACUACACCCCGGGGGGCGCCUAUGACAAGAACCUCCGCGGCAUGCUCAAGGAUCUGGUCACCGUCGCGGUUUCCUACGGUGGUUACGGCAACGACACGGCUGGCGACGCUGCGGACCAGUCCUACGGGCUCGCCAUCUGCUACGCCGAUGCUCCGCCCGAGGUGUGUCGGCUGUGUCUCGGCAUGGCGACCGGGAACGUGACGCUCGCGUGCCCGCGCGCUGUUGACGCCGCCAUGAUGUACAACAACUGCUUGCUCCGGUACGCGAACGCGAGCUUCCUCGCUCGCCCGGACAUGGUGCAGAGGUUCUCGUUCUACAACAACCUGACGCGGGCCAGCGACGCCGACAGCUACGCCGCUGCGCUCGGGCGGCUCAUGGACAGCCUCGCCCCUGCCGCCGCCGCGUCGCCCCAGUUCUUCGCAUACGGCCGCACGAACAUCACCGCUAACCAGAGCCUCUACGGGUUCACGCAGUGCGUGAAGGACCUGUCGCCGGACGACUGCCGCCGGUGCCUCCGGCCCCUCGCCGCGUCAUUGCCCAUAUGGACGAGAGGAGGGCGCGCCUACUCGCUGACCUGCUACACGCGGUUUGAGGUAGUGCCGUUCUACAUGCCGCCCAACACACCGACCCUCGUCGUGGCGCCGACGCCACCGCCAGAGUCCUCGCCGGGUGCGGCAGCAGCAGCGGAGUCCCGAGAUGCUAUACGUAGAACGGUUCACAAAAGGUUGGCACUGACAGUAUCAACUAUUUCAGCCAUUCUUUUGGUUAUGGCGUGUGUCGUUCUUGCCAUCAAGAUCCGGAAGAGCAGAAAAUUUCUAUCAAUCAUUGGAAUAAACUCCAUUCCUAAGGAAAACAUUGAGGAGCUACUAGAAAACUGUGGCUCAUUGGCUCCAAAGAGAUAUAAGUAUUCACAACUGAAGGAAAUAACAAGAUGUUUAAGUGAAAAGAUUGGAGAAGGUGGGUAUGGCACGGUAUACAAAGGUACAUUACCAAGUGGAAUGUUUGUUGCAGUAAAGUUCCUCCACGACUUCACUAGCAAUGGAGAAGAAUUUAUCAAUGAGGUUAUCAGCAUUAGAAGGACAUCUCAUGUUAAUAUUGCUACCCUACAUGGUUUUUGUUUGGAGGGAUCCAGACGAGCUCUUAUUUAUGACUACAUGCCUAAUGGAUCAUUGGACAAAUUCAUUUAUGCUGAUGAUUCGAAAGCAAUUCUGGGAUGGGACCAGCUCUACGAAAUAGCAAUAGGUAUUGCAAGAGGCUUGGAGUAUUUGCAUCGUGGCUGUAAUACACGCAUUAUACAUUUUGACAUCAAACCACAUAAUAUCCUACUAACCGAUGAUUUUGUCCCGAAAAUUGCUGAUUUCGGUUUGGCCAAGUUAUGCAAUCCAAAAGAGAGUUACCUAUCAAUGGCUGGCAUGCGUGGCACAAUCGGGUUCAUUGCACCUGAGGUUUUUGCAAGGAGAUUUGGAGUAGUUUCGACUAAAUCUGAUGUCUACAGCUAUGGAAUGAUGCUUCUUGAGAUGGUUGGAGGAAGCAAAAAUCUGAAAGCAAGCGUUGACAAGUCAAACGAGGUCUAUUUUCCAGACUGGAUUUAUAGUCAUUUGGCUGAAGUGGGAAACUUGCACACAUUUGACCUGGGAGGUGAAACUGAGGAGAACGCAAGGAAAAUGGCCUUGAUUGGCCUAUGUUGUAUACAAGUGUCACCUAUGUCUCGCCCAACAAUGAGCAAUGUUUUAGAAAUGUUUGAGAAAAGUACUGACCAACUUGAGAUACCACCGAAGCAAUACUUUUAUUCAGCUAUAAAGGAGGAUUCAUCUGAGCAAGCUCCUCCAACGUCGUAAAACAGACGGAACCAAGAGUAACAGAGCAAACUCCUUCAAGCAAAGGUCUCAACUAUGUUCAAUCCAGAAGUGUGAACUCCAUUGUGUUGAUCCUCUUAGAAUAAUCAUUCGAAAAAGGGAAAAUUAUUGUUGCUUAAUGACACGCUGUUAUGGAAAUUGACACUACUUUGCAUCUUC